CACCUAGCAUAAUCCAAACCGUUCGUGUAUGACAUAUGCUGUCCUGUAGCGAGUGAGGUCAAAAAAAUUUUCUGUCCCGAAAAACCAGACCAAACCCAAACGCAGUAAGAAUUAGCGUAGAAAAAAGAUGAAAAAAAUGGCGAAGGCGUGAGGCUAGAAGAGAAAAGGCCUGGCUAACGGAACAAUUAACAGCCUACGUUUUUUGUUAUAGCCUUUACCCUCUGUUUCUCUGUCCCCUUUGUUGUGUGUUUAAUCUGAGGUUUUCUUCUCACUGCUUCACUACCCUCCACCAGCAACAGCCAAAUGGAUAGAUACCAGAAAGUUGAGAAGCCAAAGCCAGAAUCACCCAUUAACGAGAAUGAGAUCCGAAUCACUUCUCAAGGCGCUAUUCGAAACUACAUCAACUAUGCUAUUGCUCUUCUUCAGGACAAACGUGUGAAGGAGAUUGUCUUGAAAGCAAUGGGACAAGCAAUCAGUAAGACAGUAGCCAUCGCAGAGAUUAUAAAGAAAAGGAUUCCCCGUUUGCAUCAAGAUACUGCCAUUAACUCAGUGGGCAUAACUGAUGUGUGGGAACCUAUUGAAGAGGGGCUUGUUCCUGUGGAGAUGACUCGCCAUGUCUCAAUGAUAUCUAUCACCUUGUCAACCAGAGAGCUAAAUAAAAACUCUACUGGGUAUCAAGCUCCACAUAAUGCAGAACAACACAAGCCACAAUAUCAAUAUCAGCAGCAACCACCAUCCAAACAGGGCCGCAUCCCAUAUAAUGCUUUUAAUGAAGAUUUAUACGGCCAAGGAAGGGGUCGUGGUAGAGGGAGAGGGCAGAGUUGGGGCAGGAGUGGAUAUGGAAAUUAUCAAGAAAAUGGUGAAUACUCAAACUGGGGCAGAGGUGGUAGGAGAGGGAGAGGUUGGGGCUAUCGUGGUAAGUAUGCUUUUUUCAUAGCUUAUGUGAGGAGAGUAUUUUUUUAUAUUACUUAUAAAAAUUUGUUUGGUUCUUUUAUUCUGACAGGUGCUGGUUAUGAAAGACAAGGAGGAAGAGGUGGAGGGGGUAGAGGCUAUAGCCGUGGCCGUGGAAGGAUGGGUGGUGUUCGCUUGAGGGGUGAUGGCUACUAAAGCAUAAUCAAGGACUGAUUCAGCGCUUUUCUUUUUUUUUUUCCCUUUAGCUAAAUGGAUGCCUUGGCCAGUGGGGAAGUUAUCGCUUAUCGCUUUACUGUUUAUAAUAGCGUUAGAUGUGGCUUAAAAUCUCCAGCAUUAUUAAGCAGUGGUUUUGUGUUUCUUUCUGCAUUAUCUGGAUGUGGGUGUAAUUCAAGUUACCCUUAUGGUUGCCAAUAGGCUCAAAACCCAAUCAUGUUUAUAUAUUUCUUUAUUUCUCCAAAUUCUUUCGUGUCUCCCUGAUUUUCUCUUUGCCCAGAAGCCAGAGUAAUUCAAAACCAUGCACGGUAAGAGGCAAUGGAAAGAAAGGAAAGUCAAAGAAAAUAUUCCCCUUGCUACCUGGCAUAUAUUCCAUGGAAUUCUAGCAAGGUUGCCUUGAAACUUAUGCUUAAACUGCAUUAAGCUCCAUAAUUUUUUCAGCAUCCAAUUUCAGAAGCUUGUAGUGAACA